AUGUCCGCCUCGCGACCAGUGAACGCGCCCAGCGAACCUCCAACCCCAGAGGCAGCUCUUCCCAGGCGCAGACGGCCGAGAAAGCUCAACCGCGAGCCCGUGUCCCGUCGACCCGAGUCUGCUGGCGGCGUUGCUCUACCUUCAACCUCGCCCUCCCCUCCUCUACCUACACCUACACCUCCCACAGAAUCCCCGGCGCUGCUUCCCACAACGCCUACGCCUCGUCGACAGCCGAGAAAGCUGAAUCGCCCAGCUGCCGCUGCACAAUGCCCAUCACCGAGUGGUCCUGAGCCGACGCAGUCACAGCAGCAGAGCAAUGGCGGCGUGCCGGCGGACGAUGAGCUGGAAGCGCUCAAGAACAGAGUGAAAGAGCUAGAGGCGCAGGUGCAGGAGCUCUAUACUCGGCCGGUCGUGCCCAAACCUCCGCGAAAGCGAGGGCAAGGGCGGAAGAAGCAGGAAGCCGAAGAAUUGCAGCGGUUGCAAGAGGAGCUGGAGGCUGCACGGAAAGAGUUAGAGGCUGUGAGACUAGUCGGACACGGCACGCCGAAAGGCACGUCGAAGUCAAAGGCCGAUGAACCUGCGCAGGGCGAGUCUCAGCAACCUGGGGCAGUCGCUGAGGCACGGGAGGACGAAGAAAGCGAUGACGACGCGGAAACCAUCCUUCGAUCCAGCCCCCCAGCAAUCUCACCGCAAUCCGACCGCGAAGCGACUCUAAGCGGCAGCUACAGUGUCCGCCUCCCGCCGAGCCUGAGCAUGAACGACGUUCGUGCAAUACAAAACGGUGUCACGUCCGCCGGUAACAUCGCAAGGACUCUUGCGGCCGAGUACAACGCAUGGCAGACCACGCAGUCAGCUGAUCGGGGGAGCUGGAGUCAAUGGUUCGGCAGUUGCAGUGCAUCUAUCGCGCGUAUCGCCAACGAAGUCCAGGGAGAGGCCUUCGUGGAGUGGAAGGCGCGGCAGCAGUCUGGAGGAGAGGUACACGAAGCAGCAACGCCGAUGGACACAAGUCGCGCCUUAGUUGGCACAAGAAACAUUGCGGCAAACUCAGCGGCGAGAAGGCCUGCGCUGAAGGCUAGGACGUCCACUUCAACCACAACAUCCUCAGUGCUAGAAGCGUUGCUCAAGUAA